GCGCAUUCUGAGCUCGCCGGCGCGGGGUAGACGGCCACCAUGAAGUUCAACCCCUUCGUGACCUCGGACCGCAGCAAAAACCGCAAACGCCACUUUAAUGCCCCCUCGCACGUGCGCAGGAAGAUCAUGUCUUCUCCGCUCUCCAAGGAGCUGCGGCAGAAGUACAACGUGCGCUCCAUGCCCAUCCGCAAGGACGACGAGGUCCAGGUGGUUCGAGGACACUACAAAGGUCAGCAAAUUGGCAAGGUAGUCCAGGUAUACAGAAAGAAAUAUGUCAUAUACAUCGAGCGGGUGCAGCGUGAGAAGGCCAAUGGCACAACUGUCCACGUGGGCAUUCACCCAAGCAAGGUGGUAAUCACCAGGCUAAAACUGGACAAAGACAGAAAAAAAAUUCUUGAACGCAAAGCCAAGUCUCGACAGGUUGGGAAAGAAAAAGGCAAAUAUAAGGAGGAACUCAUUGAGAAAAUGCAAGAGUGAAUGGAAACUGCAUGCAACCACAGGUUAUGUGGGGAACUCUAGCCUAGCCUGUAGUGUUUUGGAACUUUUCAAGGUGUCUCUGGAAUGUUUUAUUGACCACCUGUUUUGUUAUUAUCUGUAACUCUAAGUCUAGUUUUGCAAUUUCAAUUAAUAAUUUUGUGAAUAAAAAUUGGAACUAUUUCCUGAUUCUAAAUGGUAUUUGCAUGGUUUUAUACAUGAUCCA